ACGUCUGUUUUUCUUACAAGCUUGUCAGCUCAACAGAAAGUCGGAUAGUGCGACGGAAAAGAUCAAAUGAGAUUCAAAACGCAAAACAAUACUUUGAUUUACCUUGCACAUUUCUUGCCUCCAAUCAGGGACUGGUUUAAGAGAAGAAGCCACUAAGGAGAUAAAGUCGAGUAUUGGAAAACGAUUGGGCCAGUUUUUAUUCCAAGAUGGCUGCCUCCAUUGUAACACAUGGGAUGAACAUGUGAGAGGUCUGGCGGUAUGAAGAAAUGUCUUGCAGAAUAAAGAACAAGAAAUUUGAUCUGUAAAUUUCACAUUUUUGUCUGGACAGUGCUCAACACCGGGACAGCCUAAAAGAUGCCACGUUAUGCACAACUGGUUGUGGGCCCUGCUGGUAGUGGAAAGUCUACUUACUGCAGCAAUAUGUUAAGGCAUUGUGAGAACAUCCGUCGUGCAGCACAUGUCGUAAAUCUGGAUCCCGCUGCCGAGUAUUUUGACUAUGAUCCCAUAGCAGAUAUUAAAGAACUGAUUGAAGUUGAUGAUGUCAUGGCAGAUGACGAGCUGAGGUUUGGACCAAAUGGUGGCUUGGUGUUUUGUAUGGAGUAUUUUGGGCAAAAUCUUGAUUGGCUGAAGGAGCAGUUAGGAGAUGUUGAGGAUGAUUACCUUAUUUUUGAUUGCCCAGGUCAGAUAGAAUUGUACACUCACAUACCGGUCAUGAAGCAGUUAGUGCAGACUCUACAGAGUUGGGAUUUUAGAAUCUGUGCUCUGUUUCUGAUUGACUCCCAGUUCAUGGUCGACACAAGCAAGUUUUUCUCUGGUAUUAUGGCUGCUCUUUCUACAAUGGUAAACCUUGAAAUUCCACACAUCAAUGUCAUGUCAAAGAUGGACCUACUUGAGAAGAAGGCAAAGAAAGAUAUUGAGAAAUUUCUGGAUCCGGACCCACAACUUCUGUUGGCAGAAACACAAAGUCUCACUCCCAAGUUCCAGAAGUUAAAUGCUGCCUUUGCUAACUUGAUUGAGGACUACAGUCUUGUUCGGUUCAUACCUCUGGAUCCCACUGAUGAGGAAUCCAUUGGUGAUCUUCUCAUCAGUAUUGACACCACAUUACAGUAUGAUGAAGACCAGGAUGUGCGGGUACCAAGAGACAUCAGUGAGGAGGAUUCCGAUAGAGGCCAUGGUUGUUCUGGCUUAGGGCUUGAAAAUGAUGACUGAGGACUGAUGAAAGGUUGCAAUGAGAGACAACUCAGUAGAGUGACACAGACUGUGAUUCAGUUUAUACUGGCUUAGGAGCAAAAAGAAAAGUAUGACUGAGGACUUAUGAAAGGCCUUCCACCUCCAUGAACAAGGUUCAAUUCCCUUCUAGGUCAACAUGUGGAUUGGGUUCUCAGUCUCUGAUUCUCGGACUUUUUGCAGAAUAAUUGUCCAGGGUCAUCCUCCCACCUCAGCAGCUCAACAUAUCUUCAUUGUCUUCCCCCAGGCCCAUCAGCAGAAAUGGUUAUAAUUGAUAGGACCUUACCCUGAUUAAAUAAAGAUUAAACAAAAUAACUUAAAACUGCUGUAAACUGAUUGCUGGUUACAGUGACCUAAAUUAUGGAAAAAGUAGGCCUUGACAUUUCCACCCUAGCAACAUCUUGCACAAAGGCAGGAAAGAAGAAAACAAAUGAUACUGCCAGGAUCGAAAUGUCAGGCCCACUUUCUUAGUUUCAAUAAAUAAAAUAAGAGCAUAGAGAGAAAUGAGAACAAAAACACAGUGUACCGUGUUAGAGCCUGGAAAUCACGCCAGUAUCUCUUGUUCAGAUUGCACAAUAAAUGAUUCUGACAAGAGUCAUACCAAAAUAGCACCUUUCAUUUUAUUGACAUCUCAUAAUAGAUGAUCAACACAAAUCUUUAAUAUGGUGAUUGGAUUCCUUUCUGGCUAGUAUCUCUUUAUAAUGUACGAAUACAUUCACCAUCCAUGUGAAAUCUACAUGUAUACCAAUGGGCCUUUAUCAACCCCUCUCAUUUUCAUAAUCCAAUAAGACAUUAGAAGUUGAUGUUACCUACUUGCUCCAUGCAGACGCAUACUGGCUUUAACAAAAUUUCGAUCUGUGAAAGUACAUGUAUAUAUUAAACAUUACUGUUAAUUAAAGUUUGCAAAAGUG